AUGGGUUCGAAAUCUCGACGACGGCGCCGUGGUCUUGGUCCGAACGGAAUUGCUACGACGCCAACGACUACUGCGAAAAGAAAACCGGUGGAUGAUCCUACAGAGAACUCCCUCCAAGCAGCAUCUCGUAACUCUUUUGACCACGACCGCACCGUGGAAGGUGACAACAAAACAAGCGCCGGUCGAGAUCGCGAAGCUUCGGUCGCCAUAACCGCGCCAAUACCGGAGACCGCACCGGUGAGCCACUCGGCCAGAGUCCAGAUCCUUCGGCAAGCCAAAUGUGCGGAUCAAAGCGGACUCCCAGUCACCAGGCAGUACCUUGUGGCCACCGUGAUGGCAAUAAAGCUAUGCUCUGCAUCCGCACGCUUCGAUGCCUUGGUCCGCAGCGUACCGAGCUUCAGAAUUAGGAAUGUCUUCAACUUCGUCAUUCUGGAAGAACACGCAUCCAGCUAUGCAAUCACGGAGUUUGCAAAGUGGUUGAGCACCAUCAGUGCCCCCUUUCCAAACACGUACCUGGGCGUCAAGCAUCUCCCGACGGCGGAUUCGAGAGGCAUCCAGUACGACAUCAUUGAGAUAUCGGCGUUGUAUAAGCUUGCAAAGUGGCUCGACCUCAAAGUGCCGUUCAGCUCCGGUCGACUGCUCAACAAGAUGUGGGCGUACUUUAUGGACGAGUCUCACGAUAUGUAUCCCGAAGAGAUCAUUGCGAUUUGGAAAGCUACGCCCGAAGAUGACAUCAAGUUGCGCAAGCACGUCGUCUGGAAUACCGUCGCGUAUGUUGAACGGAAGACGGACGAGAAAGAUGUCAAAACUUAUGAAUCCUUCCGCGAUGCCUUCGAGACCUGCUCUGACACAUCUCUACUCGAGGCUUUUAAAGAGCGCUUCAAAGUUUCGACCGAGAUUCGUCUCCGCAAAGCUCAACAAAAGCAGCAUCGCCAAGAGGCCAGAGCACGUCGUCAACGUGAGGAGAAAGAAUGGAGGGAAAAGGAAGGGAUGCUGAAGAUGCAUUACGAGCAGGCGAAGCAGAAGAUUGGCAAUCGCAGAGGGAUCAGCCUGAUUAGCUCAAACGACCUGAAGAACAUUGAUUUAGCAGCUCUGAGGGGCCGUCCAUGA